AUGUCCCAGCCUGAGGCGGUUCUCCGUGAUAACAUCCAGGGAAUCACCAAACCCGCCAUCCGCCGUCUGGCUCGCCGCGGCGGUGUGAAGCGUAUCUCCGGUCUCAUCUACGAGGAGACCCGCGGUGUGCUCAAGGUCUUCCUGGAGAACGUCAUCCGUGACGCCGUCACCUACACCGAGCACGCCAAGAGGAAGACGGUCACCGCCAUGGAUGUGGUGUACGCUCUCAAGAGGCAGGGCCGCACCCNCACCUACACCGAGCACGCCAAGAGGAAGACGGUCACCGCCAUGGAUGUGGUGUAUGCUCUCAAGAGGCAGGGCCGCACCCUGUACGGCUUCGGAGGUUAA